AUGGGGAGUCACCCCCACCCUGGGUUCCAGAGAACCACAUCCGCUGGGUACCGGCUCCCCCCCACCAGGCCGUCCGCCUUACACACCCCCACUGCCCAGAGCAGCCCUGCGGUGGGCAGGGGUCUUGCUGGCGGUCGCCGAGCCCCCCAGGCCCCCGGAACUGAUGGUGUGCAGCAGGAUCAACUGUGGAGGGAGCUCCUGGAGGCCGAGAGACGGGGCCAGCGGCGCUGGGCUCAGAACUGGAGUUUCUUGAAAGACUAUGAUCCCCUGGGCGAGAAGAAGGCACCUGUGACGUUGCCGGAGAACGUGCCUUUCUUUUCCGACGCAGUCCCCAGUUCCACGAACCAGGUGGUGGGCAGCAGGGUGGACACGCCCCUGGGGCAAACCCUCAUCGGCAUGGACUUCUUCUUCGUGGAGGGGGUCCGGAAGAAGAAGCUGGAAGCCGAGCUGCAGCCCGUGUAGGAGGAGGAGGGGCCAGGGCCGGCGGGCCUGCCCCAGGUUUCACACCCAGCGCAGAACCCAGUGCGGGGCUUGACAUCAUGACUGUGACAUCAGGACCUGAGCUGAGAUCAAGGGUCGGAUGCUUCGCCCACUGAGCCACCCAGGGGCUCCUCUGUCCUCGCUUUAUCACUGCUUCUCUGAGCACCCCUGCCUCAUUCUCCUCUCUGAGGCAGAACCAGAUUCUCUCCUUAUAUGCAAAAAAGAGAGAGAGAGAGAGAGAGAGAGAGAGAGACCACUUUCCAGGAAGUAUACAGGGUGAGUCCAGACUUCUUCCUGUUCCAGAAAGCGAGGAAGUGUUCAAAACAGGAUGGGGGAGCAUGGAAGGCAUGGAUGGAAGAGUCAACUCGAAGGGGCUCCCAAUGGCCAAAUUUGGGACAAGGUGACUUUCAAAAUGAUGCCCAUACCUCACUGCCCUUACAACUUCCAGGCAAAGCCAGUGCCCGCAAAUCCCAUCAAAGAAUAAUAAUAAUAAAGAAGCCAUGUGUUCAUA